AUGCGCGCCGCCAGUGUGCCGCUCUACUCCGCCGGCGCCGGGGCCGGGGCCGGGGCGGUCUUCCUCGGCGACGGCGACGUCGACCCCGAGGCCCUCACCGAGGAGGACAGCCUCGUCGGCGGCGGCGACUCCAACUCCGUGGAUUGCUUGCAUGGAUCAUACAGCAGCUCUUUAAGCCUCCAUGGUGUCAGAGUUGACGACGAACACUCGGCUCUUGAGAACAGCAGCAGGCCUCCUAGUCAUAUUAAUAUCCUAACACCACAAGACGUUGUGCCCAUCGAAAUAGCACGGUCUAGAUUCCUGGACAUCAUCAUUGACCAUUUUAUUGGCCAGAAUGUUAUUGAGGUGGGAGAACCCUCUCUCUAUGACUCUAUCCUGGCCAGCAAUAGAAUCAACAAAAGAAAGCAACAAGAGGUGCAAUACGAAGGCGACCCGAGGUUUGCUUUGCCCUUGAUGUACAUAGCCAACUUGUAUGAGUCUUUGGUGAGCGACGUCAAUGCACGUCUUGCUUCCUUGACUGGAUCCCGCGAGAAAACUAUGGGGGUGGCUCUUGAAGCUGCCGGCGGCUUGUACAGGAAACUGACCCAAAAGUUUCCCAAGAAAGGAAAUUGUAGCUUCAGGAGGAGGGAGCUGGCUACUUCUAAUGCAACAAAGACAAAGUUUCCUGAACUUGUAGUACAGGAAGAAAAGCGGGUCCGUUUUGUUGUAAUCAAUGGUUUGGUGAUCAUAGAGAGGCCAAAUAAUAUGAGAAUGCAGGAUGCGGAAUGGUUCAAAAGAUUGACCGGUCGAAGUGAAGUAGCCAUUUCAUCAAGAGAUUACAAAUUCUAUUCGCCUCGACACAAGUACAGGCGUACCCUGCAGCCAGUAUUUGACAUUCCUGGCACGUCCGUUUUGUCGGAGGAUGAGACUUCUCCAUUGGUUUGUUCUUCAGAAUUUCGUCCACCAUUCCAGAUGCAAAACCAACAUGAGUCAUCAUCGAAGCGACACAUUGAACAGAUAGAAAGUCAACCUUACUUGCACUUUCUCGAUCAAGCAGAGGAUGACAACAUCCAGCAAAACCAACAUAGUUCUCAGUUCCCUCCUAUUCAUCCAUGUGCAUCGUCCUCACAACUGUCAGAUAACCCCCAGCAGCACCAGGCCUAUCUAUCCCCGCAUCUAUCUUCCAUGCAAGCUGGACACGGCCACCUUGGAGGACGCUCGAAUAUUCUUCCAAGCAGCCCUGCAAAGUUCUGCGACGAGUGCGGUUCGCCCUAUCUAAGGGCGACAUCCAAGUUCUGUUCAGAGUGUGGCACCAAGAGGCUAGGAAUCUGA